GCUUUCGUUUACUUGCCGUCCUCUUCAGUCGCCCUUGCACCCAACCGGCGAUGGGUGUAUCACUUGCAUAGAGGUCUUUCGCUCUUAUUCUCGAUUGUAUCGAUCUUAUCCGCAAUUAGGGUGCCAGAAACUUUCAUCAAGUCAUACUGUUGUUGAGUCCCUUGGUGCAUGAUCAAGAAUCUGCGUUUGCAUCAGAGAUGGUUGGGAACCCACUAGUUCAGGGCUCAACAAUGCCAACUGUCUUGUCUUCAUCUUUACCAAUCUUACCAGGGAAUUCUCUUAAAUGCAUUCCUUAUCUUCCACCUAGACCUCAAACAAAAGUCAAGAGUAUAAGGGCCAUGUCUGCUGAAGCAGGACAUGGUCAAUCGCCAUCUGUUUCUGAAACGAAGAGUCCACUUGCAGUUGUUUUAGAUGUACCUCGUACUAUUUGGAAGAAAACAUUGCGUCCAUUAAGUGAUUUUGGGUUUGGUCGUAGGAGCAUUUGGGAAGGUGGGGUUGGACUGUUUCUUUUGUCUGGUACAGUUUUAUUUGUACUUAGUUUGGCCUGGUUGAGGGGUUUUCAAAUGCGAUCCAAAUUCAGGAAGUACACAGUAGUGUUUGAGUUUGCUCAGGCUUGUGGUUUAAGCACUGGAACUCCUGUGAGGAUUAGAGGGGUGACAGUCGGCAAUGUCAUUCGGGUGAAUCCUUCCUUAGAAAGUAUCGAAGCAGUUGCAGAGAUUGAAGAUGACAAAACAAUUAUACCCCGAAAUUCUUCAGUUGAAGUUAAUCAGUCUGGCCUUCUUAUGGAUACUUUGAUAGACAUUACACCUCGAGAUCCAAUACCAACACCAACAGCAGGACCUCUUGACCAGGAAUGUCAGAAAGAAGGUGUUAUUGUGUGUGAUCGAGAAAAGGUCAAGGGGUACCAAGGAGUGAGCUUAGAUGCAUUGGUUGGGAUAUUUACCCGCAUUGGACGAGAUGUUGAAGAAAUUGGUGUUUUGAAUACCUAUCUCCUUGCAGAACGAGUUUCUUCUGUCAUUGAAGAAGCAAGACCACUUCUUACAAAGAUCAAAGCCAUGGCUGAAGACAUUCAACCUUUGUUAGCUGAAGUUCAUAAUAGUGGUCUGUUGAAGGAAGUAGAGAACUUAACCCAAAGCCUUACACAAGCCUCAGAGGAUUUGAGAAGGGUUAACUCUUCCAUUAUGACCCCUGAGAACACGGAACUAAUUCAGAAAUCCAUUUACACUCUUAUUUUUACCCUGAAGAACAUUGAGAAUAUCAGCUCCGAUAUCCUUGGUUUUACUGGCGACGAGGCUACAAGAAAGAACCUAAAAUUACUUAUUAAGUCUCUCAGCAGGUUGCUCUGAGCUCUGAGGUUGAAUUCCAAGUGAAAUAUAAUUGCUUUUUGAGAACUAGAGUCAUAUAUCUCUUAAUACAUGCUUCUACUGCUGCUGCUUGAUUUUCCAAUGAUGGGCAGUGAUUUGGCCUCUGGUUUUUGUGAAGUUAAAGUAUCAUCAUUGAGACAUUGGGGGAUGAGGGGAUUGGAGUUGUGAGGGGAAUGGUAUCUUAUAUUACUCUCCUUUCAAUAUCAUUGUAUCACAAUUUGAAUUUGACAGUUAAUAUUCUUUUAAUUAAGGCGAGUCUCACUCUCAAGUGAGGGUACCAAAUUCCAAUUCUUCAA